AUGGCUGCCCCUGCCUCUAUGCCUGGAGGACUUCCCGCAUACGAGGCUUACCUUUGGACUGUCGACUGGAAUACCACCAACUACAGAGCGAUCCAACAUGCGAUCCCUUGGGGCAGUUUCCACACAUCGACUGUGUCCUGCCUGGCGAACGUAUGGCACAAUUUCCGCCUACGCGCCUACAACUCAGUUGGGGGGGAUGAGACCGCCAUCCGCAUAAUGUAUCCGGAGGGGGAUACAGACCUGGCGAGGCAGGAGUCUAUACGACGACAUGGUGCGGCAGACGCAGACGCCGCAGUACGCCUCGCAGGCAACCCGCCGUCUAUACCGGACUACAUAUUCGCCGCCAUCCGGCCAGAUGCCACCACGGUAGACAACCCCGCGGACCGCUCUAACAACUAUGAAGAGCCCGGUGUAGCCUCCCCCGUAGCCUCGGGUGAAGAGUCGGGGGAGGAGCCUGAAGAAGGCGGCAGCUUCUUUACGGCCGCCGUCGGCUGGGAGAUGCUCAUCGCCGUGUGCUUGGCAAAUCCGGCACUGGAUCCGGCAAAGGACGACAUAAACGCGGAUGACCGAUGGAUGACGCGUGAACUGCUGCUUUCUGACGAGACCAAUCUAUACUACAGAAACGCGGGAAAACGAGCCAUCACGAAAUUCGUGAAUGUGGACACGGCCGUCGUCGCGCAGCUCAGGGAUGAGGCCGAGGACAGCGCCGACGCGAUUAACCACAUGAACCGGCUGGCAGACCUCGCGGCCGGAAGAGUGCCGUACAAUGACUUUGCUAUGAGCUCAGCUCCAACACUGAUGACAGCCAGGGUCAACCACUUCUUCGAAUACGCGGAGCGGCGAUUCUUCAAGAAGGCCACGCAUCGGCGAUUUCACGAAUGUAGCGACGAGGACAUCGAGCAAUAUAUCAAGGAUGUAAUAAUCGAGUGUUUGUUUAAUGAUACCGACCGGUUCUUCGGAAUCGUUUAUCCCGACUUGACGAUCUUCCAGAGCAGACUGCGCGAGCGGCUUCAGGUCAAGGUGUACGAGGAAACUCGCGACUCCUUGGCCGAGGAACUGCCCGGCGGAAGGCGCCGAGACCUGACGUGGAGCGUUCACCACGCGAAUCCAAUGUCGAUCGACGUUGUUCGCGUGAAUGAGUACGUGAACAUCCCGACCGUCACGAACUCAACGGGUGCGGUCAUACCCGCCGUCCUGCUUCCGCCCCCGACCAACGUGUACAGGUGGUACAAGGGUAAGAUCGCCUCGCCAGUGGUCAGGAUCUUGCAAGCGAAGGACUUUGCCGUGGAGGUAGAACAGGUCACCAGCGCGUUGCGCAAGAACUUCCGGAUCCACAAAGACCUGCCGUCGAUCAACGCCACCACCCAGAUCACCAUCGGCCACUCGGACGGCUUCUCGCUGCUGGACCUGAAGCGCUUCGUCACGCUGUGUGUCCUGGGGCGGCACGAGCUCGCCGGCAUCUGCAAGUUCCACCGCUCGAGCCUGACGAGCGAGCGCGUCUGCGGACAACUGACGGCCGUGUCCAAGCUGGGCGCGCAGACCUUCAUGGGCCCGAGCCAGCUCCCCAACCCCAGCGCGUUCCCGCACCCCUCGAGCGAGACGCGCGCCUUCUUCGAUGCCCAGAUGAAAGCCCACGUGCCCUACUCGACGAUCGACGCGCUGUGCGCGGCGCUGGCGCCUCACAACCCACAAGUCCGCGCCAACAUUGAAUUCCGCGUGUCGGGCGGCCGGCGCACGCCGAAGGACCAGCAGCCGUGCUACGUCGAGUGGCGACGGCCGCAGGCGGACCUCGAGCCCCUGCAUAUCGUAAGCUACCUCAUGGUGUUCGCCAGCGUCGUGCAGACGGCCAUGAGCCACGACGCGGCCGAGUUCCGCAAGCGCGUCACCAACGUCCUCCUGGGCGGUGGUUUCAUGAUCGAGAUGGAUGUCGCGCAGGUGUGGCAGAGCACCUUCAUUUCGAACCUUAGCAACGAUGGCUUCUUUGCGCCGCCGAACAGCAGCGUCGACUACAACAUUUCCUCCUACCCGACGUAA